GUCGAAAGACGACGUGCUAUACUUCAACUGUGCGGGCGAGAAGGUGCUUGGGGCACCGGAGCGCGGCAUGGUGAACGAAGAUACUGGUGGGUGUGGCUUUCUCCACCUCUCACGCCAGCCAUCGAGAUGUGGAGCAUGACCAAGCUCGUGACCUCUGUCGCGUGCCUACAGCUUAAAGAGCGGGGGAUGGUAGACUACGACGACGCGGAGCUGUGCGAGCGCGUGCUGCCGGAUCUGUGCGCGAUGCCCGUCUUGCUGGGCUACGACGGCGACACACCGCAGUACACGCCGCGUACAGAGCCGAUCACGCUGCGGCGCCUGCUGACGCACACGGUGGGCCAGGCGUACGGGAACCGCGCGCAGCUGCGUUGGGAGCGCGAGAACCUGCCCGUGCGCUGGGUUGCGCCGGGCGCGACUGCCGCGUCCUUCGCCACGCCACUGAACAUCCAGCCGGGCACGUCGUUCGUGUACGGCCUCGGUAUCGAUUGGGCGGGCAUCCUGCUUGAGCGCGUGACGGGCACCACGUUGGACGAAUAUUUCCGCGAGCACAUCUGGGCGCCGCUCGGCAUCACGGGCAUCACGUUCCUCCCGACCGAGGACAUCAAGGCGCGCCUGAUGCAGAUGUGCACGCGCACGCGCGACGGCGCGCUCGUGCACACCGUCAAGCUGCGCGAGGUGAGCGCGAUGACGCCCGCCGAUAUCGUGCAGCAGGCUGGCGGCGGCGGCCUCCUCGGCACCGCGAGGGAGUACCUCACGUUCCUGCAGGCGCUAUUGCGGUGUAAGGACGAAGACGGGAUCGUGUCGCGCGCCGGGUUCCGCGAGCUCUUUACGGACGCGCUCCCGCCCGACGACGGGACGCGCGACUGCCACGCCGCACUCGGCGCGUUCCUCAAGUUCCGCGGAUACGGCGAGGAGCAGUACACGUCGGGCCGCGCGGUGGGAUUCUCGCCCGGGCUGUGUUUGAACCUUGCUCCGAGCGCGAACGGGCGCAAGGCGGGCAGCGGAUUCUGGUUCGGCGCGGCGCGCAGCGAGUACUGGAUCGACCCGGCGUCGGGUCUGAUUGUGAGUGUGUCAACGGGAUGGUCUGACACCAGGGAUUGUGCGCGACGCAGCUCAUGAACGAUCACGAGAAGAUAUGGGCGGGUGUGUACGCUUCGUAUGAGCGGACAGUGUAUGAUGCUGUGGAAGGCGUGGACGAGGCGCGGUUGUAGCGUGAAUUGAUAGAGGCGUGGGAAUGACGCAUUGCACCUUGGUGCUGGCUGACACCCAACCGACUCGGUCGGCGUACGGCGCACUCGCCACGACAAACCAAGAUGGCGUGGCAAAGCGCAGCGUUGUUUUGUGAGACACGACAUUGAAUGAGAGGGACG